GUUUGUGCUUCAAUUUAAAUAAAUCACUACAGACAGCCAUGACCGAUCUAUCCAAAACCGCGAUCAUUUUGGUUGAUCCUUACAACGACUUCCUACAUCCAGACGGGAAGCUAACUUCGAAGCUCAAAGAUCUGGAGGAGAAGCAAACUGUCAAGCACAUGACAGAGCUGGUUGCCAUGGCCCGCCUUCAUCACAUACCCAUCUUCUACGGCCUUCAUCAGCAAUGGACCCCAAACAGUUUCCACGAUUGGCGACACAUGACUCCCAACAAUGUCAAGCAGAAACACAUUCGUUUUUUUGAAGAAGGGACCUUUGGCUCUCGUAUCUAUGAAGGCUUGGAGCCGGAUCCAACAAAUGGCGACGUGGUUGUGAGCCGGCAUUGGAAUAGCGAGUAAGAGGCUGACCAGGACUGGAUAUACCUGGCUUUUGUUACUGAUUUGUCUGAUUUAGUUCCUUCCAGAACACUGAUUUGGAUUUCCAACUACGUCAACGGGAGAAGACGGAUCUUAUUCUCGCUGGUUUGACUGCUAAUACGUGCCUUGAGGCCA